GGUUAAUUGAGAGUACUUAAUAUUAUUUAAGGCUGGUAUAUGCUGAUAAAUGACAAAGCGAGCAUUAGCAUUUCCCACUUCAGUGCUGUAAGAAUUUGCUGAAAUUCUCAGAACAAUUUCAAGUAAUAAUGAAGCCCAUCUCCUGCCUCUUCUUCUUCUUCUUCCUGAUUGGCCUUCAUGUUCAUUGUGAUCACCUCUCAGGACAUCAUGAUGAUCAGGAGAAUGAUGGAAAUUCAACUGAACAUCAGCAUCCACCUUUGGCAGAGGAACAGGGAAACAAAACAACAAAGUGUCACAAAAUAGCUCCCAGUAAUGCUGACUUUGCAUUCACAUUGUACAGGCAAAUUGCUUCUGAUGGGGCUGGAAAAAAUGUUUUUCUCUCUCCCUUGAGCAUUUCUACAGCUUUUGCAAUGCUCAGCCUUGGUGCUAAAUCAGAGACUCAAACUCAGAUUCACAAAGGACUUGCUUUUAACCUGUCAGAGUUUGAAGACAAGGAGAUCCAUGAAGGUUUCCACCAUCUCAUCCAUAUGCUUAAUCGGCCAAACAACAAAGCAAAGGUGAACAUAGGGAACGCCUUGUUCAUAGAAGAAUCCUUAAAACUUCAGCCUAAGUUUUUGGAGGAUGCCAAAACCUUAUAUGACUCCGAAGGCUUCUCUUCCAACUUCCAGAAUACGGCUGUUGCUGAAAAACAGAUAAAUGAUUAUGUAGAGAACAAAACCCAUGGGAAAAUAACUCAUGUAGUUCAGAAUUUGGAUCCAAACACUCUAAUGGUUCUUGUUAACUACAUCUUCUUUAAAGCAUUCUGGGAAAACCCUUUCAACACUCAAUCAAUCCGGGAAGAAGAUUUUUUUGUAAAUGCAAACACAACUGUGAAAGUCAACAUGAUGUUCCAAAGAAACUAUUACAAAUUUCUGCACGAUGACAAUCUUAAUUGCUCAGUGGUGGAAAUUCCAUACAAAGGAGAUGCUUCAGCAUUGUUCAUUCUUCCAGAUGAAGGGAAAAUGCAGCAUGUGGAGGCUGGUUUGGUAAAAGAACAUCUGUCCAAAUGGGAAAAAACUUUUAAAUACGCAGAAGUACGUCUGUAUAUUCCAAAAUUUUCUCUCUCUACAUCCUAUGAUGUCAAAGACUUGCUCCAGCGACUGGGUGUGACACAUGUCUUUGGUCAUGAUGCUGAUCUAUCUGGAAUCGUUGAAGAAGGGAAACUGGUGGUUACUAAAGCUAUCCACAAGGCUGUGGUAGAUGUUCAUGAGACUGGGACUGAGGCAGCAGCAGUCACUGUGAUGACAAUGGUGGGAGUGUCUGCUUUUACUUCUCCACCACCUGUCUUCAGAUUCAACAGACCUUUCCUGUUUCUCAUAUGCGAUAAGAAAACAUACAGCAUCUUAUUCUUUGGGAAAGUCAUGAACCCAACUGAAAAAUGAAUAUAAACUGAGCAGUCUUUCCA